GAAGAGGUGAAGUUGUGCUAAGCAACUAAACUAAGUAGAUAAUAACAAGAGUAGUGCAACAACCUCGAAGCUAGUUCAAACUAGUGGGAGGUUGUCUGCAAAGAAGCAGCCAACAACACUCAAAAAAUACUUUUAGCUAAUUUGUGAUUGAAUUCAGAAAGAAAUUAAGAAAUGGCUCGUGGAAAGGUACAAAUGAAGAGGAUAGAGAACCCGGUGCAUCGACAGGUGACCUUCUGCAAACGCCGAGCAGGGCUUCUUAAGAAGGCGAAGGAGCUUUCCGUUUUGUGCGAUGCUGAAAUUGGCUUAUUCAUUUUCUCCGCUCAUGGAAAGCUCUAUGAACUCGCCACCAAAGGAACCAUGCAAGGUCUGAUUGAGAAGUACCUGAAGUCAACCAGGGGAGCUGAGGUGGCUGAGGAAGCCAAAGAUAAACAAGCUCUGGACCCAAAAGAGGAGAUCAACAUGCUGAAGAAUGAGAUUGACGUACUCCAGAAAGGCUUAAGCUACAUGUAUGGGGGAGCCGCUGGAACAAUGACACUGGAUGAAUUGCAUUCACUUGAAAGGUACCUUGAAAUUUGGAUGUAUCAUAUUCGUUCGGCAAAGAUGGAUAUCAUGUUUCAAGAGAUCCAGCUGCUGAAGAAUAAGGAAGGGAUACUGGAAGCUGCAAACAAAUAUUUACAGGAUAAGAUAGAUGAGCAAUAUACCGUGACUAACAUGACUGACUUUCAAUGCCCAAUAACUGUACAAAAUGAGAUAUUCCAGUUCUAACAUAUGCUCACUACAUAAGCUAUUCUUAUAGUGAAGCAUCUAGUUAAUUUGGUAAGGAGAUGUAAUAAUGAUGAUGGAGUAGUUUCACUUUUAUCUGGAGUUUGAACUAGACAUGAACAUAUAAGUAUGUUUAUUAUGUUCAAUUUAGGUCAUAUGAUAGUGUGUGAGCCUCUUUAGUGUAUUUUAUGAAGUGUGGUGCUACUUAUUAUGUUGUCUAAAACUUCUAAGUGUGAUUUAUGAAUGGAUCAUUUGCUAA